ACUAUUUGUAUGGGUUGUUCAAGCCAAUCCAAAUCCAAGGAAGCACCGUUAACAAAAAAAAAAAGUCCACAUGUAAAAUGAUGGUGUUUAGUAAGUAAAGUCCGUGACCGUCGUGUGAGUGUAGCGAAGUGAAGAUCACGCGUGAAGUAAGUGCGCGUGUGAUAAGUAUAGCGCACGUUAGCCUCUUCCCCCACCAAUUCGGUGGUGUCCCCCUUGUCCUAUCCUGUCCACAUCUCAAAAUCUGCCGCCCACCACCACCCAAAAAAUAAUGUUACCCAACGCCACCACCACCAAACCUAACAACCCAUUCACUUUUCUCUCUUCACCACAAAAAACAAACCACCACCUCUUUUCUCAUUCCCCCACCUUCCAAUGGCUUCCUCUCCUCCAAACACCACCGCUCCUCCUCCUCCUCUCCCAGAUCCACCAACCGCCGUCCCCCUAGCUCUCCCAGCUCCACUCCCUAUCCCUCCCCCCACCUCCACCCGCCGUCUUCCUCCUCCAUGCUGGUCCCCUGACGAAACCCUAGCUCUCAUCGACUCUUACCGUGACAAAUGGUACUCUCUUGGACGUGGAAACCUAAAAGCCACUCACUGGCAAGAAGUUGCUGACGCUGUUUCUCAGCGUUGCCCUAACGCUUCUCCGUCCAAAACUCCUGUUCAAUGUCGUCACAAGAUGGAGAAGCUUCGUAAGCGUUAUCGGACUGAGAUUCAACGUGCUCGCUCGCUUCCUCUUUCCAGAUUUAACUCCGCUUGGGUUCACUUUAAGCUUAUGGAUUCUAUGGAGAAAGGUCCUUCUCCUGUUAAAUCUGAAAACAACGAUACCGAUAGCGAUGAUGACGAUGAAGAAGAAGAUCGAGAACAAGAUCUGUAUAUGGAUAUCAAAAACGGUCAUGGAUCUAAUACUAGAAGCAUCAAUAGGUUGUACAAAAACGGUUUCGGUGGUGUUAGUGGUGGUGGUUUUGGUGGAGGGUUUAGGAUUAGGUAUCCACCGGCACAACCUGAAUCGAAGUUUUUCCCCGAUCAGAAUCAGAAAUAUAACCCUAAUCUGAACCAAAACUAUGGGACUCCACCGACAGCAUCAACGACAAAGGGGAUGGGGAACAAGAGGGAGAGAGAUCCCUUGGGAGAGGUUGUGACUGCAAUUAAGGUAUUGGGUGAUGGAUUUGUCAGGAUGGAACAAAUGAAGAUGGAGAUGGCGAGGGAGAUUGAAGCUAUGAGGAUGGAGAUGGAAAUGAAGCGAACUGAGAUGAUUCUCGAAUCCCAGCAGCGAAUUGUGGAGGCCUUUGCAAAAGCCGUUUCGGAUGAUAGCAGCAACAAUAACAACAACAACAAGAUGAAGCCUAUUAAUAAGAGAAUUCCCUCACCACAACAACCAUAAUGUUCAACAAUCAUCACAGGACUUGAAUAGUUUGCUCUAGUAAGUAACACUAGUUACGUUUAAGCUUUUGUUGAUUUUUGUUUUGUUUUAGAUAUUUUGCUUUGUUGCUACUUUUUGUAAUUUUAAGUUAAGAUACAUAAAUGUGAAACUUAAUCUGUUUUAGGAUGAUCCUUGAUGAAUCAUGAAUGUAGCUUUAGAUUUUCAGUUUCUGCUUAUUA